CUGGGAUGUCACUUUACAUCUAGAGCGCGCCUUAACCAUAAACGUUUAGUCGAAUUUUAUUCGAUCAUUUGUCUAUGACACGAGGAAAAUAACACGAAUUUAUUGUCUGUGGAAGUUGCGCUACGCCCGCAAAAUCAUUGUUUGACAGAUAACAAAACGUCAAACAAUACAUUAAUGGUGUCGAUUUUUCUGGUAAAAAUUGUUAAAAUGCGACCUAUUCUAAUGUUUUUAUAGAUUUUAUUGUUGCGCUUGCGGUUGCGCCUUAGCAGGCUUAAGAUAAGAAGCAUUUAUUAUGAGUGUUCCAAUGAAUGAAGAAAUUGCGGACAUAAGUAUGACAGGAACUGAAGCAGAUUCCUCGCAAACGCACGGGCACGAAGCCUCAUCAAGUGUAAAUGCAGAUGAUGCGUCGUCCAGCAAUGCCGCGACACCAGCAGGCAGUGAGGGACAGGCCUCCAGGCAGUCCAAUCUGCAGCGCAUACAGCAAAGAAAGCAACAAGUCUAUGGUUGGCCACAUAACAAGAAGUUACUCAAAUUAGCAAUUUACUCUGAAUGCCAGGUAAAUACGUUUAUAGUUUACUUAUUGUUAACAAAAAGCAAUGAGCUGGAAAGGAAGAUUGCACGAAAAGUAAAAAUGCAGUGUAUUUUGAAUAAUGGAAACCAUCAUAAUGUUUGUUAUAUUUUUGUAGAAAAGCAUGUGACUCAGCUGCAAGGAUUACCAGUAGCGGAAGUGAACAGACUGCUCGGAGCAGUGGUGGACGUCGAGAAUAUAUUCAUGUCCAUGCACCGAGAGGAUGACCACGACACUAAACGCGUUUACUAUUAUUUGUUUAAGAUACUACGCAAAUGCAUAUUAAACCGUUCCCACCCUCGCAUCGAGGGCCCACUGGGCCAGCCUCCGUUCGAGCGACCCUCCAUAGCCAAAGCCAUCACUAACUUUGUACUAUACAAGUUCAACACUCUACCGCAAAGGGAAUGGCAGACAAUGUAUGACCUGGCUAAAAUGUUCCUACACUGUUUUAACCAUUGGAACUUCGAGACGCCUAGUGUUAGGAAAUUGCAAGUCUCAAAUCCGGAAGAUAUAUCAGCAUACCAAAUUAAUUACACCAGAUGGUUAGUAUUCUGCCACGUGCCUGCGUUCUGUGACUCACUGCCUCACUACGACACGUCACUAGUAUUCGGUCGCACGUUGCUGCGGGCAGUGUUCAAGUCUGUCUGCAGACAACUCAUGGACAAGUGCCAUUCUGAGAGGGACCGUAUGCCGCCUGAGAAGAGAGUAUUAGUGCUAACCCACUUCCCUCGGUUCCUAGCAUUGCUAGAAGAGGAGAUUUUCAGUUCAAACUCCCCGAUAUGGGACCCAGAGUUCAAGCAGAUCCCACCGAACCAUCUGCAGGCCAUAUUUGACAAUAAGAACAGUUCGGGCAGAAGAGGCGAGUUUGAACGUGUGACCGCUUCAGGAGACAGUAAAGAUGGGUUCACUACAGUCCAACUGUCGUCAGGUUCAAUAAAAACAGAAGGAGGCAAGCGAGCAAGUGACACGGUGACUGCAAGUUCAGCCAAACGUCGCCGCGUGGCGGACGACACGGCCGACGAUGUUAGCGAGCGGACCGUGGCGGACAUAGUGGCCACCAUCACAGACCCUAACUAUAUGUGUGGACCUGAUGCUCUAUUCCAAAUGCAAGCUCCUCGCGACGAGGCUGCGAAGUCGGAGGAGCAGCGCAAGAUGAUAGAGUUCCACGUCAUCGGAAACUCACUCACUGGACCUGUCAAUAAACAGACCAUGCUCUGGCUUAUUGGUCUCCACAAUGUAUUCUCCCACCAACUACCAGAAAUGACCAAAGAAUAUAUCUCCCAAUUAGUGUUCGAUCCAAAACACAAAACCCUAGCACUUAUCAAGGAAGGCAGGCCCAUUGGUGGAAUUUGCUUCAGGACAUUUAGUUCACAGGUAUGA